UUUCUAGCGAUCGUGGCGUGGAUCGGUCGAUUUUUAGUCGGUAGAAAACCAAUCGCGAGUGUGACAUUGAUGAAAGAUGUCCUUCGCCAGUUUUGACAUAGAUACCGAUAAAAAGGAGCCAAGAAGAGCCGGAAAAAAAUGGCCUUGGUAUGGAGCUCCCAUAUUUUGUGUGAUUUGGUUCACAAUCUUCUAUGUGGCGGUCAUUCCGAGUUUCUUUUCCUAUCCCAAAAUGUUAUAUGUGCGCGAUGAGGCUCAUCAUCUAGAUGAGUUUAUCGGUGAGCGGGCCAAAAUACAGCUGGCCGAGUACUCUGCAAUUGGUAACAAAAUGGUGGGUUCCGUUAACAAUGAGGAGCAUACUGUUAACUUUAUAAAACGGGAGGUGCAAAAGAUUGUGGAGCAGGCACGCACCGAUCUCUAUGAUAUCGAAUCGGAGGUGCAAUAUGUUUCUGGAUCCUUCUAUCUAUGGGAGGCAGCCACCAGCUAUGACAAUGUGUCCAAUGUUGUGGUCAAAAUCACUAGAAAGGAUUCCCCUAGUGACAAAUAUUUGCUGGUGAAUUCUCACUACGAUUCAGAGGUGAAAACUCCGGCAGCAGGAGAUGAUGGCAUCAUGGUUGUCGUCAUGCUGGAAACUCUAAGAGUUAUUGCUCUGUCGGAUCGUCCUUUGGCCCAUCCCGUGGUCUUUCUUUUCAAUGGAGGUGAGGAGGCGAACAUGUUGGGCUCACAUGGUUUCAUCACAAAACACAAAUGGGCUAAAAACUGCAAAGCACUGAUUAAUCUGGAUUCAACGGGAUCCGGGGGACGCGAGGUGUUGUUUCAAACGGGUCCCAAUCAUCCCUGGCUUAUGAAUUACUAUCAGAAGCAUGCUCCACAUCCAUGGUCCGUAACCCUCGCCGAGGAAUUGUUCCAGAACAACUUUAUACCAUCCGACACGGACUUUCGCAUAUUUCGCGACUUUGGCAAUGUGCCCGGAUUAGAUAUGGCCCAUGCCCUCAAUGGUUAUGUAUACCACACGAAGUACGACAACUUCAAGAACCUGGCGAGAGGCACUUACCAAUCGACAGGUGAAAAUGUCUUGGCCCUGACCUGGGCAUUGGCCAAUGCUCCCGAAUUGGAUGAUACGGAUGCCCAUGAGGAGGGACAUGCUGUAUUCUUCGACUACCUCGGCUGGUUCAUGGUGGUCUACACCGAAUCGGCCAGCAUUGCCAUUAAUACGGUCGUUUCUGUAUCUGCUCUGAUCUCAAUUGGCAUCUCCAUCUACUUCAUGACCGUGGACGAUGGAGCGGAUGCACCCAAGGCGAUUCUCCUGCGCUUCUGUGUCAUCUUCCUGGUCCAAGUGGCCGCAGUGAUUAUUGCUUGGGCUCUGACCAUCAUUGUGGCCGUCUUCAUGCAUGCUGUUGGGUUAAGUGAAUCCUGGUAUCAUGGCGUUUGGAUGACUUUUGGCUUGUUCUUCUGUCCCAUGUUCCUUGGACUGGGUCUCUUGCCAGCCUUCUACAUUGGUCGGACCAAGGAGAAGACCAACAUGAAGCUGAAUGAGACAAUUGCCUGUUUUAUGCAUGCUCAUUGUAUUUUGAUUGUCCUGAUUUGUGUGAUCCUAAUGGGCAUGGGAAUACGAUCGGCUUUCUUUCCCAUGUUUGGCUUGUUCUUCUACACCAUCUCCGUUAUUCUGCAAUUGAUUUUUAAAGGGAUCUUCAAGAAGCGAUUCUUCAUGCCCGUUCAUAUGUUGUGUCAGGUGGCGCCUUUCUUAUUCUACACCUUUUUGAACUACGAGUUUCUUCUAGUCUUUGUGCCAAUGCAGGGACGUGAUGGACCCGAUAGCAAACCAGAUAUGCUGCUGGCUUUAUUUAUUGCUUUGAUGACGAUGCAUUUUGCCGGUUUCAUUAUUCCAAUUUUGUUUAAAUUCCGCAAAGCGAAGAUCUUCAUCUCAAUGUUUGGCGUUAUUACCAUCAUAUUUAUUAUUUUAGCUGCAACUCCUGCUGGUUUCCCCUUCAAGGCAGAGGUGGCUGCACAGCGUUAUUAUGUCCUGCACACUCAACGCAUUCUACAUAACGAGGAUAGUACAACAACAACUGAGACUGGCUUCUAUAUACAACCUGUUGAUACACGCUACUCCGAGCUCUACGAUACGACCCUGAAGAAUGUGGAACCCGAAAGUUGGCUCAAGAACAACUGUGCUAAUGAACCAUAUUGCGGAUUGCCGCUUUAUAGCGGAAGAUGGUUAAACUGGAAGGACUCUGCACGUUGGAUAUAUAGCACAGCACCAAAUUUACCAGUACAAACGGAGCUCAACGAAAUUUCUAGACAAUCUAUAACUGCCAAUAAAACGCGUAUCGAGUACAGCUUAAAGGCAGGCGAUCGCAUUGUCAUAUAUAUCGAUCCCAAGCCCAAUGUUGAGAUCACCAACUGGUCGUUCGAUGAAACAGUUUUGAACGAUGGACGUAAGCCUCCAUACUUUAUAUACCACGUGUAUUCCAUGGUGAAGGAACGACUUAAUUUCUGGCUGGAGUUUGAACAUGAUGUUGCGAAUACAAAUGGACCGUACUUUAAAAUGGCCGUAGGCGUGCACUUCCUUUAUCACCAAGAACAUUAUACGCAGGAUUAUAAAGAUUUCCUUAGUACUUUUCCGGAUUGGACAUAUACAACGGAUUGGUUUGCCUCAUACGAAAGUUGGGUGAUUUAAAGACGAACUGUAUAACUUAAUAAAUUAUUUAAAAUAUAUUUUAAUACAAAUUAAUUUAAUGUAA